AUGGAAAUUUCAACUAUAGAAAAUGUAAAUAGUUUGAAUAAUAAUAACAAUAUAAAUAAUAAUAAUACUAACAUUGAUGAAAUAUUUCUUGAAUCUCCUCCUAUAAUACAUGAAUUGCAUAAUUUACACGAAGAUAGUGGUAUUGUAAAUGAUGAUGUAAAUAAUCAAGUGAUAUGGAGUGUUUGUUCUUCACAAUCCAUGACAGCAGAUCUUCAAAUAAUGGAAUUUGAAGAUACAUUAAAUGAAGUAUAUAGAGAAAAAUGUGAGGUAAAUGAUGGAGAUUUAAAUAUAGAAGAUUUUGAAGAUUUAAUUGAUGAUAAUAGUGAUAGAAAAAUGAUUUUUUGCCCUUCUGAACAUUUUGAAAUGCUUGAUGAGACAGCUAUAAAACUUUUACAAAAUCCUCCACCAUUAACUAAAGAAUGGCAAUUUAGAUCACCAGCUUUACCAUUACAAACACGAUCAACACCUAAAUAUACAUUAGUAUUGGAUCUUGAUGAAACAUUAGUCCAUUGUAGUCUUAUUCCACUUUCUGAAGCGGCUUUGACAUUUUCAAUUGAAAUUGAUGGUUUAACAUAUAAAGUUUAUGUACGUAUUCGUCCAUAUUUUAAAGAAUUCCUUGAACGCCUAUCCCAAACAUUUGAAAUAAUUUUAUUUACAGCUAGUAAAAAAAUAUAUGCUGAUGCAUUAUGUGAUAUAUUAGAUCCAGAAAAAAAAUACAUUCGUCAUCGAUUAUUUAGAGAACAUUGUGUGUAUGCUGAAAAUGUAUAUAUUAAAGAUCUUAAUAUUCUUGGAAGAGAUUUAUCAAGAACUGUCAUUGUUGAUAAUUCACUUUUAUCAUUUGCUUAUCAAAUUGAUAAUGGUAUUCCUAUUAAAAGUUGGUAUGAACAAAAAAAUGAUUGUGAACUCUUGAAUCUAAUACCAUUUUUAGAAGAAAUCAUUCAACGUGAUGCUGAUGUUAGGCCAAUGAUAAGAGAAAAAUUUAGAAUUCAUGACUACCUCAAUAAUUAA